AUGGAUCCCGACGCGCUCGACAGGAUGAACGAUUUCUUCGAUUUCGCCGCUCUUGAACAGAACAACGAAGUCGAACACACCCAUGCCUCAAGUGGGCAAUCGGUGUCAUACUUUCAACCAGACAAUGUCACGGCUAUUGACUUCGCUUUGGAACCAGCGGCCCAAGAUACCCUCCAAUUGUACGACGUGCCCAUGUACGACGUGGCACACGAUCUCUCCUCUGGCGAUAUAAACCAGCAAUGGCCAACAUCUCACCCAACAACAUAUGCUGCGACGUCUAUGAUUGAAACGAGUGUAGACUCAGGAGCAGACGUCGAUUGGCAAACUGUUGAUAUGGAACAUGCGAAGGACCACAGGAUCCGCGAUGCGACGGAUCUCGCUCUCCCGCCUUCAUUGUCAUCGCUUGCGCUAAUGCAAUGCGAUGAUGAAGGCAGUUUGAUUGAUGCCCCGCACUCUCAGCUCGGGCUACGUCCUUCAGUUCUCGAUCAUUCAAUGAUUCCGGCUGAUGCCUCCCUUGGACUGGAGCAGCUACCAGUCAGAUCGGCCGCAUCCCAGCAACAACCUUCAAUUGCCACUUGGAAACCAGCAUCAGCCAAACGUAAAGGUCCUCAGUGCCGUAUUCCACUUGAGGCAAGGCAGGUGUUGGAGGACGAAUUUGCGGCCAAUCCAUACCCCUGCGCGUGGGAAUUGGAUAUCAUCGCACAUCAAGCCAAUCUCGACGUGAAGAAAGUCCGCAACUGGUUCAAUAACACCCGAGCCAGGAAGAAGUGUGGAGAUUCCCACCCCGCUGUAAAGGAUGGUUCAGGCCAGAGCAAUCGCACUCUGAAGACAAAGCUGUCAAAGGAUAGUCUGGAAAGCCUUCAGAAGCAAGCAGAUGACACCAAUCAACUGCCGCAGCCGCCUCUGGCGGUAUAUCUUGCACAGUCGUACCAAGAGGAAGCUGUUGAACUGUCUGCAGUACAGGCUGCCGUUGAUUCAUCCGAAAAUCUUGAAGCAUGUCCAUUCUGCGGCCAGGCCCAUCCCGACGAUGCUCACCUGGCUGGCCACAAGUACCAACAAUGCCGAAGCAAGCCCGAAUCCCAACGAACUUUCUAUCGCCGCGAUCACUUCAUCCAGCAUCUGCACCAUGUUCACUUCGCCAACACCAAACAUCCGUCCGUACGUACCGGCUGUCAAGCUCGAUUAUUAGCCGCUGAAGGCCACAACUUUGGUUGCAAGGACCUCGCCAUGAAGUGGCGUCGCUUCGGUGCUCCAAUGAAGCUUGACGAUCCUAUGCUUCAUUGUGGCUUCUGCGGAAAGAAGUCAAAAGACUGGUCCGAACGAUGUGAGCAUGUUGCUGAGCACCUCGUCGCGCGUGAGCUUGACCGUGCUGUGUGGUGGAGCGAGCGCAAGGAAAACCAUUUGGAGAACCUCUACUCGACUACACCAUACGAAUCCUUCCGAUGCCGAUACUGCCAAAAGGUCUUUACGGAUGUCAAAGAUAUGAACGAACACUCUCACUGUCGUGUGUGGAGCUGUCGAUUUCUCCGGAGCUUCGACGACGUUGCUGCAGACAAUGCAGGUCCGCCCCUGUGUCCAGACUUUCCUUCGGCCAAAGCUCACCAUUGUCACCUUUGCGGCUCCGGCUAUCGAACGUUCCACGUCGAACAUGCGCAGAACUACCAUCGGUAUCGCUCGUGCAAUCAAGAGUUUUACACAUCUGAAGACGCUUUCCUCCAGCAUUUGCACAACUUUCAUGGCGCUUCACAGCCAACAUUAUUGCGAGGCUCUGGUGUCAUCGAGCAGAGCUAUAUGCGCAAUAAAGGCGCAUCGUUCGAGCCCGUGGAGUUCAAUGAGAGCUGGCAGCCUUGCGUAAUGGAUCUAGACGUAGCCUCUGUCAGUCCAUUUGUUGCCGACAACACUGUUUCAACCCUACCUGUCGACCAGAGAAGGAGUCAAAACCAGACCCGGAAGUCGCUCGUCAUUCCAAAGAAAGCUCGUGAGAUUGUGCAGACUCAGGACGUCAAUGUCAAGAAGGUAUCAAGACAACGAUCUGACACAUCAACCUCCAAGGCCGAGAGUCAUCACCCGCGAUUCUUCCGACUCAGUACUUAUGUACCCUUUCUGUCAUCUCGUAUCUUCUACUCGCGGUCUGCAAAGGCAGCGGACUUUCCGAGAGACAACCAGGCUGUGCUAGAAGAGCUACCGAAGCCGCACAUUGCGACACUGGCGAUGAGUGCAGGCACAGUCAGCAUGGCCGCCGCUCGCUGGUUCAUUCGGCCAGACACAUGUUCGGUCAAUGGUAUGGUAGAGCUUACCAUUGAUAAUGAAGCAGAUGUAGAUUGA